AUUUUGGUAGAAUUUACGCCUAGUAUCCUUGAAACCAAAAUCUCCUUCCAUGUUGAAGAACCCCUUUCAAGAAAGUCAUAAAGAAGAGAGAAUUUUAAUUACUCGAGGAAAAUAGAAGGUGAAAAGUGAAACAGAUUAAGGUUUGUACUGGAAAAAGAUCUGUGGUUGAACAUCAUGCCUAGCAAAUUAAGGAAGGCUAUCGGUGCUGUGAAAGACAAAACCAGCAUUAGCCUUGCCAAGGUUUCUAACGCCAAUGCAUCAAACCUUGAUGUUGUAAUUCUCAAGGCCACCAGACAUGAUGCCGUCCCAAUUGAUGAACGUUAUGUUAACGAAGUGCUCAACCUGAUCUCCUCCAACAAAAUUUAUGCAGCCUCCUCUGCUCAAGCUAUUGCCAAAAGAAUCGGCAAGACACGAAAUUGGAUCGUUGCUCUUAAGUCUCUCAUGCUUGUUCUCCGAAUUUUCCAAGACGGUGAUCCCUACUUCCCUAAAGAGGUUCUUAUUGCAAUGAAGCGUGGGGCAAAAGUUCUCAACAUUUCCAACUUUCGAGAUGACUCCAAAUCAAAACCAUGGGAUUACACUGCCUUUGUUAGGACAUUUGCUCUAUAUCUUGACGAGCGGUUGGGUUGCUUUCUCACCGGAAAACUUCAAAGAAGAUUUACUAACCGGGAACGGGAAAAUAGCCAUCCAAGAAGCAGACGUGCCAACGAUUCAGUUUCUGAAAUGAAACCGGCAAUGUUGCUGGAUAAACUCUCUUACUGGCAAAAACUGCUUGAUAGAGCAGUUGCAACAAGACCAGCGGGUGCAGCCAAGACAAACAGAUUGGUGCAAGUUUCUUUGUAUGCCAUUGUACAAGAGAGUUUUGAUCUCUAUCGUGAUAUUUCUGAUGGACUUGCGCUUCUUCUAGAUAGUUUCUUUCAGUUACAACCUCAUUAUUGUGUUACUGCCUUCCAAACUUGUGUCAAGGCCUCAAAACAACUUGAAGAGCUAUGCUCCUUUUAUGAUUUGUGUAAAAGCCUUGGGGUCGGACGAACUUCUGAGUACCCAUGUGUGCAGAAGAUAUCAGAAGAUCUUAUAGAAACAUUACAAGAAUUCUUAAGAGAUCAAUCUUCUAUCCCUACAAAUGGUAGAUCACCAGUACAUUUGCUCCUUCCAGCACCAUCAAAUGACGAUGCUUCUCCAAGCAUUGAUAGUUAUGGCAGGUGUGACGAAUCUUCAGAACCAAAUGAGAUAUUUUCAGAGAGAGGAUCUGAAUUUGGCUCACAAUGUACCUCACUGGAGGAUCUCAUGAGCGUAACGGACAUGGGAUCAAGCCCACCUAUGACGUCUAUGGAUCAUUACUUGGAGCUGUUUGAGAAACGAUCUCUUGAAGACAUCCUUUGUAUUGCUGAUUCUAACUCGAUUCAUUCAUUCACCAUUGAUCAAGGAACGUUAAGUGGGGCAAAUAGUAUUUUAGAUCUUGUAUCUUUGGAUGGCUGGCCACCAGAAGACCACCAGCAAGAGCAAGAACAAGGACAGCGAACCUCAGCCUCGGCAUUGGACUCGAGCACCGAUCAAAGUGAUGGUUGGGAGGCUGUCCUAGCAGAGACAGCAAGCCAGUCAAUGCAAGCAUCGCCAGAUUUGACCAUUGGAUUUGUGCCCAACACCGCGUGCAAUUUCUUUGAUCAAGAUUCAGCUCAUGUCGCUAGUGAAUUAGAGCCUCCGAUUGCCAACAAUAUCUUCGAUCAAGCUUCACUGCCAGAUCAACAAUACAAUCCAUUUCUUCAAGAUACAACUGAAAUACCAGCAAUUGUUGCUCCCACAGACAGCCAAGCAGUAUGUCCUGUGAAUGAUAUGCUUUCAAUGGCCCCUACAUUUCAGGCCACCCCAACCUUCAGCGUGCAGAAAUCUGAUACAGCAGCAGGAUUGCACAACGAAGACGAUCCGUUUGCAUCAUGCCUUGCUAAAAUGGCUGCUGGACAUAAACCCAAUGGUUCCAUGGAUCAACAAAUUAUGUUGCAACAACAGCAAUUGUGGCUGCAGCAGCAGGACAUGAUUAUAGCGAAGAAAAUGUCAUAUAUUUGAUACGAAAGCAUUGAAUAUUAAUUGCCGUAAACUUCGACUAUGUGAGUACGUGAAGUUAACAAGA